AUGGGAGCGCGAGAAGCCGCAGAAAUGCCGUCUUUCCACGCGCUCAUGCGGCUCGGGCGACUCAAGUUCAUCCCGUCCUCAUUCAUACUCGCUCUCCUGGGCGCACUCUCAGGUGACAUCAACGGCGCCGCUUGUCACGGCAUUGACGGCGCCGCUAACGGCUCUGCUGCUGGCGGCGGCGGCCUCACGGACUCGGUUUUCCGCUUCCGCGUCGAAGCGUUCGUUCCCGUGGCAUUCAUCGUGGCUUGCUCGCAUGUAAUGACCCACUUCUGCAGCGAGUAUUUCAACUACGCUGCAGAUCUCGCCAACGCGCAGCGCGGCAAGUGGAACGGCGGCUCCGGCGUGCUUCCCGCCGGCAUGCUCCCGCGAUGGACGGCGCUCGUCGCGGCGAGCGUGCUGUUCGCCGGCAGCAUUGGCGCGCAGCUGGCGUUCUUCAACGCGUCGGCGCAGCGCGUCGCGUGGGCGGCCAUGUUCCUCUCGUGCGCGUACGCCGGGCCGCCUUUCAAGCUGCAGUAUCGUGGCUUCGGCGAAGCGACAGUGGCGGUCGUGCUGACGUGCUGCGUGCCCGCGAUGGGCGCGCUGAUGCAGCGACGCGACGACGCGUUCGCGCUUCCGACGUCGCUGCGCACGAUCAUCCCGCUGUUAUCCGUCCAGCAAUUCGUGCGGAUGAUGGUCAUGAAUCUCCCCGACAUCGAAUCGGAUCUCCAAUGCGGCAAGAUCACGUUGACCGCGCGAAUGGGGCCCGAGCGGGUCGCGCGUGUGUAUCGAUUCGCGCAGUACGCGAUUGGUGUCGUGGCGGUGGGAUUGUUCGGUUCGGGGCACAUGACGUGUCCCAUGCUAAUCGCGUUUCUCGUCGCGACGACGAACAGACUCAGUUUGUCGCGUCGCUUGGAUGAAAUCGUGUUCGGCGGCGCCGCGUCUGGAACGACCAAGGUGGAUCAUGAUGCACGUGGCAAGAAAUGCGACACUGCUGCUGCGAUUACUGCUGCGGCUGGUACUGUCGAUCCAAAGACCACGACCCGGCCUUACACAACAACCGCGCUGGCCUUUGGAGACCUCCCGUACCACGCGACGAUCCACGUGGCAUCUACGGCGCUGAUGCUGGUCGUCGCGCAAGCACUCGGGCUGAUGAUGCAGACGCAACACUACUAUUACUAA